AUGGAAGUGCACAUCAAUUCAAUUAAUAUUAGUAAAUCUACGAUAGAAAAACUUGUGAAUACAUUGUCACCCAAUGACAGAUCAGAUGAUUUGUGUGAUGAAAUGUAUUCAGACCAAAUUAACGAUUAUUCAGAAAAUGAAGAUGUUGCGGGAACGAGGAGCAAGAAACGCUUGCUACGAUUUUCAGAGAGUAAUAGUGACCAGGAAGAUGAAACUGACAAAGAGACAAUAAAAGAAAAUGAUAACAGUUCACCAGUCAAUGUUUGUAAGGGUAAAACAAGUUUAAAGAAUGCUAAAAGUAAACUGUUCAGGUCGAGAAUCCGGCUUAUGUCAGUAAGUGAUAGUGAUAGUGAGUUAAAAGAUAUGAAAGAUAAAACCGAUUUUACUGAGAAAAAGUAUGAUUUAAGUAGAAUUAAAAAUAAGAGGAAAAAACUGAAAGAAAAAUUCCACAAAUUAGUUUCACCACAUGAAAAACCUCAUGUUACGGAAGUGCAUACUGAUGAAGAAUUGAAUUCGGACUUUAGUCACAGUUCAGGAAAAUCUGAAGAAGAAUUAGAGUCAUGUAUAAAAAUAAAAGAGAAGUUCAAGCAUAGACAAAAGUUGACAAUGACAUCUAUUUGUGAUCCUGAUACUUCAGAUGAUGAAGAGAUUCAUACCCAGAAACAAAAGAAGUCAAUGAUAAAGUCUAUGAAAUUAACAUCACCUAAACCAGUAAGGAUAUCUGCUAAGCAAGCAUUGGAAAACAUGCAGAAGAUCAAAAGUGAAUCAAAUCGAAUGCUAAGAGAAAAGGAAGUGUCACUACCAUAUCAUAAACCAAAAGCAUUAUCACUCAAAGAUAUUAUGAACCAAAGGAAGCCAGCCUUGGCCCCAGAUGGCAAAACUUUAUCUGUCAAAAUGACUUCUGAACAGUUACAACAAUAUGCUUUAUUAUUGGAACAGAGGCAGAAAGAAAUAAUGGAAUUAUGUAAAAGUGAUUCAGAGGAAGAGGAAUGUAAAGAAAGUCAAGAACUUAAGGACAGUGAGAUAAAUGAGAUUUCAAAUUUAGAUAACGAAGUAAAUAAGACACUACUAGAAAAUACUAUUACAGCAGACACACAAGUAAUGUCAACAUCAAUUAUUAAUACAGAGAUUAGGGAUCCUAAUGAGAUAGGUUCUAAAUCUUGUGAUUCUGUUGACAAUAUGGAAUCUGGAGAUUGCACAAGUUAUGCUUUAAGUAAAUUUGCUAAGGAUAAUGAUUUUAAAAUACACUUAAACAAUUUAAAUGAAAAAUUAAAAAAUGAUGAACAAAUGGAAAACUUUCUUGGAGAAGACAAGGGCGAGCAAAAGGUCAAUACCACUGAUGGCUUAGAACACAAUUUAACUGAUGUAUCAAACGUUAUUGUAUGUAAAGAAAAUACCAAGGAAGGCAGCCAAAUGAUGGAAUUACAUUAUGAUUCUGAAAAAACUGAUAUUAUAAAUAUGAAUGAAAACGAAACUGAGAGCAAAGUGGCUUCUGAUAUUAAUAAUCAAGUAAAAGAAGAUUAUAAACUAGAAAAUGACUUUAAUUUUGAUGAUAUAGACACUAUCAUAGAAAACACUGAAAUGAAAGAUGCCUGUAAGAACGAAGUUAACUUAUUAAAGACAAAACCAAAAUUAACUGGCACACCAGGGAUGGUUAUAGAUUUGGAUAGAGAAACUACAAUUAGUUUGGGCAAUGAUAAAAAAUUGUCUGGUGUUGAAUUAUUAAAGGAGAGAUUCAAAUAUUUUGCAAAAUUGAAAUCAUUAGAAGAUCAGGAAAAAGAUAGAGAAAAAAAGUACAAACCUGGUGUGCAACAUUUCAAGUUAAAACAAGAGUUAGAAGAACAAAUAGCAGAACAGCGGUCUCUAGAAUGGGCUAAAAGACUAGAACAUGAAAAACAGCAACAACUUACAAAUGUUGAAUUGGAUGUUGAUGAAAUCGAAAAACUUGAAGCUAAACUAGAAGAUUUCGAUGACACUAUUGACGGUAAAAAUGAUAGUUCAAGGAGCGCAGAAGAAGAUGAAGAAGAAGAAGAGGAAGAAGAUUGGGAAUUUGAGGAUAAGCCAAGAAAGCGGAAUCCAAUGCUUGAUGAUGAAGCAGAAGAGUCCGAUAUUGAAAAUUAUAAUGAAGUUCAAGAAAUUCAAAACGAUACCAAAAAAGAAGCCAAUUCGAAAGAAGAAAACGAAGAAUUUGAUGCAAGCGAUGAGGACUCUAGUGAAGAAGAAUCUUCAGAGUCAGAUGACGAAGAUAAAAAAAGUAAACCUAAGAAGGGUAGGAUCUUAAAAGCUUUUGAAGAUUCUGAUGACGAUGAAAUUGUAGACAACAGUAGCAACCAUACUACGCAUGAUCUACUUAUUAAUAAUUCGCAAACGUCGUUACAAUUCUUAAAUGAAAAUACCAACAAAAGUUUAAAUAUAAGUGGAACACAAGAUGAAGAACUGCAGUUGGCCCAAGUACACAAGUCUGCAUCAGAAGAAGUAGUAGUAUCUCAAGUUUCUGCGUCAGACAACAACCUUGAAGCCAAAGACCUAAAAAGCCAAACAUUUUCAAUUAUAAAUUCUGAAAAUGAUAUAGGCUUGACCUGUCUCAAUAAAUUAGUUGUUAAAGAAUCAAAAUGUGUUGAAGAUACUGACGCCGAUUUGUCUUUGGAAAAUAUUUCUCAAAGUUCCCAACAAAAAGCAGACAAUAUGUCUGAAUCGCAAGAAAUUGGUGAUGACGUCUUAGCACUUUGCACUGGUAAAUUUUAUGACAAUCCAUUUGUAUCACAAGUUGAUGUAAAUUCACAAAAUGAUGACAUUCAUUUAAGUAUGGACACAAUAUCACCUAAUGAAAAUAUGGAUAAUAUUAAAAUAGUUUCCGAUGAGAAAAACGAUAAUACUGUCUCUGAAGAGAAAAACAUUUUAAGCUCUAUUCUGGAAGAGUUGGAUAAUCCUGAACCUGAGUCGCCGAAACAAUAUAAAUAUUUCGUAAACGAUAACACCGACGGCAAUAAAGAAAAUAAGCAGAAUGUAGCAAACAGUGUUACUAAGAAGAAAUUCAUAAUUGAUUCUGAUGAUGAUGUUAAUGAAAAGGAUGUAUCUGAAAAGCAAAGUAAGAAAAAAAGCAAAAAACGAAAACUUGAGAACAGAGCACUACAAUUUUCAGAUGACGAAGAAGAUGAUGAGGAAGAUGCUGAAGCAUCUGUGUCUGAUCUUGAAGAAAACCCUGAAAGAAUUGUGGAAUAUGACUCUGAAGAAAAUGAGAUUGAAGUUCUACCACAAUCUAAGACAAAGAAGAAACGCGUUGCCGGUGACUUCUUUGAGCAAGAAGCGGAACUAACUUCUGAGGAUGAAUGGGUUGGUUCUGGUGACGAAGAUGAGGCUGGCCUUGACCGAAUGGAGCGGGAGGAAGGAGACGACGAAGUCUUCCAUGAAGGCAAGCUUCGAAAAGAGCUGGGACAGAUUCAUAUGCGGGAUGUUCUCGAUCAAGACAAACGAGAAGUGAGACUGCUACAAGAGUUGCUUUUUGAAGAUGGAGAUUUAGGCGAUGGCCACAGACAGCGCAAGUUCCGGUGGAGGAAUGCAGAUGACGUGGAAGAGCUUGAUGCUCCCUUUGAUGAAAUAACUGAAACUCCAGAAGAAGAGUUUGAAUCUGAGGAACAGUGGAGAAAGCAGAGACAUGAGAGAGAAGUGUUUUUAAGAAAAAUGAAAGGUAUUGAUGAAGAAGACGUCCAAAACGUCAGUAUAAAUAGGACAACUAUAAUAAAAGCAAAUCUAUGCUCGCGAACGAUGUCGAGUAUAAUAUCGGAAACAAAUACAAGUUUAAGUGAAAAGAUUGAAAAGAAUGUUGUUGUUGAAAAGAAGACUUAUAGAGACGUGCCUAGUCCCAAGAAACCAUUUACCCUCUUUCAGCAAAAUUAUCAUGGUUCACUAUUGUCACGCGGUAAGGGAGCACUUGCCCGCUUAGCGGCGAUAGCUACACCUCUCGCUGGUGACAGUGACGAUGCGCCCAAAGUUUCAGCACCCACUAAUAGAAGGAACUUUGUUUUUGCUUCACUAACACCGGAUGAUGUUGAACCUAAGGUGUCCAAAAGGAAGGCUGAUAUUAAUGAGGUUUCACCAGCGUUGAUUAAGAAAAUGAAAACUGAAGAGAAACAUAACAAUUUAAGAAGUAGUUUAUUUGACUAUUUAGAUGUAUAA